AUGGCAAAUUUACCAGAACCAAGAGUGACGCCCUCCCGGCCUUUCACACACGCCGGAGUUGACUUCACGGGACAAGUAGAAUUGAAAGCAAAUAAAGGACGAGGAAUUAAGACUACCCGAGGCUACAUCGCAGUUUUUGUAUGUUUUGCAACCAAGGCAAUACACUUAGAGCUAGUAUCCGACCUUAGCACACCUGCAUUCCUUGCCGCCUUCAAGCGGAUGUGCGCGAGAAGAGGUACACCAAAGCACGUAUACGGUGAUAACGGCACUAAUUUCGUUGGUGCAUCACGCGCUUUAAAGAUAGAAUACAAAGAGGUUCUACAAACUAUCACUAAAGAAUUCCUGGCUGACAUAUCUACCAUGGGUGUUACUUGGCACUUAAAUGCUCCAGUAUAG